AUGCCCGACGAGGCGCCCUACAGCCAGCGCUCGGCCUCGGCGCGGGUCUCCUCCUUCUUCAUCGCCAACCUGCUGGGCGCCGAAGCCAAAGACGGGGCGGGCGGGGCGGGCGGCGGGCCCGGGGAGCGGCGCCUGCCCGCCGGCCUGCCCCGCAGCCCCUGCGCCCUCGCCUGCUGCCCGUGCCGCGCCGCCCGCCUGCAGCUCGGCCCGCCCGCCCGCCCGCCCCGCGACGGCAGCGCCCUGGACUGGUACCGAGGGGCGCGCGUGGCCUUCAUCGGAUGCGCCAGCCCGGAGACCAGCGAUAGAGACUCGCCGGAGAUCUCCGAGGAGGCGGCCGCCGCCGCCGCGGGCUCGGACAGGCAAGCGGCCCCGGCGCUGAGCCCGGCCCCGCGGCCGGAGGAGGCGUCCGGCGGCCCGGCGGAGGAGCGCGGGGCGGCGGCGGAGUGCGGCGAGGCCCGGGCGGCGGGGCGCAAGAAGAAGACGCGCACGGUCUUCAGCCGCAGCCAGGUCUUCCAGCUGGAGUCCACCUUCGACGUGAAGCGCUACCUGAGCAGCGCCGAGCGCGCCGGCCUGGCCGCCUCGCUCCACCUCACCGAGACGCAGGUCAAGAUCUGGUUCCAGAACCGGCGCAACAAGUGGAAGCGGCAGCUGGCCGCGGACCUGGAGGCCGCCAACCUGGCCCACCCGGCCCAGAGACUGGUCCGCGUCCCCAUCCUCUACCACGAGAACUCGCCGGCCGCCGGCCUGCUCGGCUGCUUUCCCCUGCAGCCGCCGCCGCCGCCGCAGCCCCACGCCUCCCCGCCGCUGGUGGGGGUCUCCGCCGGCGUCGCCUUCCCGCUGGCCCCCUUCCCCGCCGCCGCGGGGCCCUUCCUGCGCUCCCAGAUGAGCGGGCUGGUGUGA